AUGGAAGAUGUUUGGAAUAAUCCAGCUCUUAACGCUGAAGUGAUGAGGAUGCUAAAUGAGGGAACUUAUCAAUCUACUGUUAUUGUACCAUUUAUUCUAGCUAUGUCAAAAAAUCUUCCCUUUAGAUUACCUUUGUGUAUUAACACAUCAGAGAAAGAAAGUAUUGCUAGUGUGGAUAGAAAAGGGGAUGCUGAAGCAUUUUGUAAGAGCAGAACUUUGUUCACUUUAUAUAUCGGUGACGAUCUGCUUGGACUUCACGUAUCAAGAGCGUUAACGAAGUUACUUCAAAAAAACACUGCAUUAGCAACUCUGAAGCUUUAUUGCGGGAUUAUAUUAGUCGAAGCCGUUCUUCAGAACAAAACGUUGGCUUCACCAGAUUUUAAUAAUAAUAAACUUCGAAAAGAAUCUGCACUGAUACUGAUAAAUGUACUUGAUUCGAAUACGACUUUACACUUAUUGAAUCUGUCACUUAAUAGACUUGAUGAAGAAGCAGGAAAUAGUUAUUUCAAGUCCAACUACGAUCACCAACGACGACGAAAAGUACCGAAUUGGACAACACAACUGAAUAAUGAUACCUGA